AUGGCGCAGAAACCCCAAUCAAGCACUUAUACCCAAGGCCACUCCAAUUUCACCACGGCCACCCAACAGACUCGCACAGCUGAGUCAGAUGCCGAUUUCCUGCUACCAUACAUCAAGAAGACAGACCGUAUCCUCGAUGUCGGCUGCGGCCCAGGCACCAUCACCACGAGCAUAGCCAAGCACGCAAGCGAAGGCUCGACUCUCGGCAUCGAUCUUUCCCCCAGCGUCAUACAGAAGGCGAAGGACUUGGCAGCUGUGGCCAACGUCCCGACUCAAGGCCCCGGCUCCGUCAUCUUCGAGGAAGGCAACGUGCUAGAACGCCUCGCCUAUCCCGACGAGAGCUUCGAUGUCGUCUUCGCCUCACAGGUGUUCGGGUAUCUAGUGCCGACCCCUGAUGUGCCUCUCCGCGCAGUGGCCGAGAUCCGCCGCGUUCUGAAGCCCGGCGGCGUCCUGGCCACGCGCGACGGCACGGCGCAACACUUCUACCCUCGUAGCCUCGACCUCGAUCGCCACUGGGUGUACAACUUCACUCGUUCCAUCUACAAGGGCGAACCGCCCAAAGACACCACAGGCACGAUGAUGCCUGCGCUCUUCCGCAAGGCUGGUUUCGAUGCUGAUGGUGGGAAGGUCCAGAUCGGGGUGAGCACCAAAGUGUUUUCUGGCCCGGAGGCAAGGAAGUUCUUGGCCUGGCGAGCGGAAGGACAGUUGAAGGAGGGAGAUCCCUUUCGUCAGAGCUGGUUGGAUUCGGGAAUCAGCGAGGAGGAGAUUGGCCAGGCUUUGAAAGCCAUUAGGGAGUGGAGCGAGACCGAGGAUGCGUGGCAUCUUGCGGUGCAGUGCGAGAUACUCGCUUGGAAGUAA